UAAAUGUAAAUGUAGAAUAGCAAGAGCAGCAGUGGAAUCUCUCACAUGCAGCAUCCGGGUGUGUUGUGACCUGCAGCAGUGUAACACUGAUGACAUAAAUAACCGACGCACAGCGGUAAAGGGUGAGUGUGUGAACGGUUGUGUCACUGUGCUCGGUCUCCUGUACAAAGUUUCUCUGGGUGACCGUAAAGCCUGAAGCUGCGUGCGCGCGGAAUUAACGGGAAGAGCGGUCGCGUUAAGCCUCUGCACGGAGCCCACGCGCGGAUUGUCCUCCAUCACAGCGCGCUGCUCAGACCCCCGACGCGCUUUCCCGGAGAAACCAUGUCCUUUCUCAGGUCUGUCUCAGAGACAUGGAAUGGAGCUCCAGAACGUAUGCCAGUAACUACAGCUGUGAGUGAAUCUUCAUUUAUUCAUAGUGGAAAACUUCGCAGUCUCGCCCGAGACAUUUCUGAAAUCAGCCACGAGAAAGCCACAAGCCGAGAUGAUGCAGGAAAACCUGCUGGGGAAUCGGAUAAGCCCCGCCCAUGUCCGAGAGGAGGCGUGUGUUUCGCUGAUGGCCGAAGGAGAGUUGAUUAUGUGCUUGUGUAUCACUGCAAGAGACGCCUUUCCAUCAUCAUCAAUGGCAACCUUUCGCCCGAGAGUCCCGCCCCUCUUCACACGGACACACAGGCCGAACCUGCGGAGGUGGAGCUGGAAGUGGACGUGGCUCCUGGGCCAGGAGAAGGAGAAAAAGCCCUGAUCAGGGAGGAGUUUGAGCGAGGGCUGCAGGAGCAGGGUCUGGAGAUUGAACGAGAUGGAGAGAUGAAGACAGUACGUUUUACGCGCCUCCAUGUCCCCUGGUCUGUGCUAAGUCGUGAGGCAGAACUUCUUAAGAUCAAAGUUCCUACCAAAAGAAUUUAUGAGCUGAAGGAGAAAACAGGACUCGCUGGAGUUCUGAGUUCGCUUUGGGAGAAAAUAAAUCAGCCGUUCCAGCCGGGAGUCCCGGAUCCCCAAAAAAACCCCCACACACGAGUCCUGUCACUCCCCUUCAACAGAGAAAAACUACACCUGUUUGACAUCAAGUCGAGGAGCACGCUCUUCGACACUGCGACGCGAGGGAGAAUUGUGUUUGAGAUCCUGAGACGCACGGCGUGUACUCAGUCGUGUCACACUAUGGGAAUUGCGUCGUUACUUGCGAAAGGUGUUUACGACGCAGCGUUUCCUUUACAUGAUGGAGACUUUAUCUCCGAUGUUAAGGAGCUUCGCAAUGACAGACAGUUGUUACAUGAUGAAUGGGCCAAUUACGGAGUUUUCUUCAAGUAUCAGCCAGUCAACCUCAUCAGGAAGUACUUUGGGGAGAAGAUCGGUCUGUACUUCGCCUGGUUGGGGGUUUACACGCAGCUGCUCAUCCCCGCCUCAGCGAUGGGGAUUGUGGUGUUCCUGUACGGUUGGAUGACCGUCGAUACGAACGUGCCCAGUCAGGAGAUGUGUGAUAAGCAUCUGAACUUCACCAUGUGUCCUCUGUGUGAUGGAGUGUGUGAUUAUUGGCAGUUGAGCAGCAUGUGCAGCACAGCACGGGCCAGCUAUCUGUUCGACAACCACGCCACCGUCGCCUUCGCCAUCUUCAUGUGCCUCUGGGGGGCUGUGUUUCUGGAGCACUGGAAGAGGAGACAGCGGUGUCUGCAGCACAGCUGGGAUCUCACCGACGUCGAGGACGAGGAGGACGAGCUGCGACCCGCGUAUGAGGAUUUCCUCCUUCAGAAGCGACAGAAAAAGAGCAAAAACAAAAAGAAAGACGAGUCGGAUGAGAGGUCACGUGACAUUGGCAGAGAGAUGUUGCUAUCUGCAAAAGGAGGACAACCACUGUUUGCUUCAGAAUCUCUGACAUGGAGAGACCGGCUGCCGGGAUGCUGCAUCAACAUUUCCUCCAUCCUCCUAAUGGUGGGUGUCACACUGUCGGCGGUGUCUGGUGUCAUUCUGUACCGCAUCAUCGUUUUCGCAGUGAUGUCGAUGAACCCUGACCACGAGGCCAAGGCCAAUGUGCGUGUUACCGUGACAACCACAGCGGUCAUCAUCAACCUGCUUGUGGUUUUGGUGCUGGAUGAGAUCUAUGGCGCUGUGGCAGCCUGGAUCACAGAGCUAGAGAUUCCGAAGACUGAAGCAACGUUUGAGGAACACCUGAUCCUGAAGACUUUUCUGCUCAAGAGCAUGAACGCUUUCGCACCGGUCUUCUACGUGGCGUUCUUUAAGGGCAGGUUUGCAGGCCGUCCAGGUGACUAUGUGUACGUCUUUAAAGAUUUCCGCAUGGAGGAGUGCGCUCCAUCAGGUUGCCUGAUUGAAGUGUGUAUUCAGCUUGGUAUGAUCAUGUUAGGGAAGCAGCUCAUCCAGAACAAUGUGUUUGAGAUCGCCAUCCCAAAGCUGAAGAAAAUGUAUCGUAAAUAUAAAGAGGAGAAAGAAGGAGGGGAGGAGAAGAAGAAGAAGAAGGACAAGGAUCCGAAUCGGCCACGGUACCGCUGGGACUUGGAUUACCAGCUGGAGCCAUUUGAGGGUCUGAGCCCGGAGUAUAUGGAAAUGAUUAUCCAGUAUGGGUUUGUUACUCUCUUCGUGGCCUCUUUCCCGCUGGCUCCAGUCUUUGCUCUGCUCAAUAACGUCAUUGAGAUUCGACUUGAUGCUGCAAAAUUUGUAACUGAAAUCCGGCGACCUGAUGCCGUCAGAGCAAAGGAGAUCGGAAUAUGGUACAACAUCCUGAGUGGCAUCAGCAAGUUUGCUGUUAUCACAAAUGCAUUUGUUAUUUCCUUCACGUCAGAGUUCAUUCCACGGAUGGUGUAUCAGUAUCUGUACAGUGAGACAGGAACUAUGCAUGGAUUUAUAGACCACACACUGGCUUACUUCAACACCAGCAACUUCAAACCUGGCACCGCACCCAACAGCACACACUUCGACCGGGAACUCCGUAUCUGCAGGUAUAAAGAUUACCGAGAUCCCCCCUGGUCUCCUGACUCAUAUCAGCUCUCUAAGCAAUACUGGUCUGUGCUCGCUGCCCGACUUGCCUUUGUCAUCUUUUUCCAGAACCUGGCAAUGUUCCUGAGUAUGCUGGUGGCAUGGUUGAUUCCGGAUGUUCCCCGCUCUUUGAAGGACUGCCUGAAGCGGGAAAAAGCCCUGUUGCUAGAUCUUCUCCUUAGCGAGGAGGUGGAGAAGCAGCAGCGGCGAUCACAGAGUCCUUCCAACAUCAACAUAACAAUCAACACCUCAGAGGAGGAACCCGUAGAGAUGGAGCCAGACUGUAGUAUCAUGCUGCAAAGCCAGACAACUGAGAGUGAGUUACAGGCUGCAGACAAUGAGAACCUACCUGCAGACAGAGAGGAACCUGAAUCUACCACCAGUGAGCCGAUUAACCCUGACGAAGACUGUCAUUCUCUUACCACAUCAGAUCCUCAUUUAAAUCAGUCUGUUCCUCAGAGUCAAGUAAAACCAGUAGGCACGUCCCACUACCAAACCUUUGAUCUAAAUAGUCCUCCAAAUCGAGAUCCACGCUCUAGGGCCAGGAGCCGCUGCCAAACCCUUCCACCCAGACAGAAAGCGGAUCAACCUGGAGACAGCUCAAGCAGAACCAGCCACUCCACCAGCUUUGUACAUUACAACCAGAAUUUUCCUCAAGAAAUUAGUCAGCUCUUACAAAAUACUCCCACUGCACCUUUACAACCUCAAUCUAAAAAUCCUUCCAGCAAAACAUCUUCUCAAACAGAGCUUUUUGGUAGCCAGUUAUCAGUGCUGUUCUGCCAUCCCUUUAAAACAGAGCUCCAGUCAGAAGCACUGCCAUGUUCUCCAUCUGAACAGGAAAUGACAAGCAGCCAGCAAGCCUUGGCACAGUCACACUCCAAGCCAGAGCUUUCAAUCAGCCAAUCAACAGCAUUGCCACGCCCUCCAUCCAGACCGGAUCUUUCAGUUAGUCAGUCAGUGGUACUACCAAGACCCCCAUCCAAACCUGAGCUGAUAGGGAGCAUUGCAAAAGGACUUCCACGCCAGGACCCAGCCACCAGAACCAAGUCCCGAUGUCAGACUCUUCCACCCAGAUAUAGAGGACCGGAUACAGUGGAAAUCUCACUCAGAACCACCCACUCCACCAGCUUCACAAAUAUCAACAAAAAGUCAUCUCCAUUACCCAGUGAUGUGACACACAACACCCAUGUGUAAGAAAGAUUGGACUGGACAAGGCCAAGUUCUGGUCCAGCCCCCUCCAGCAGCUCUCAACCAAUCACCUCUUUCAGUGCCAGGAAACCUCGAUGGCUGCACAGUCAUCAGGGGUUCGUCUAAGUUUGAGGAUGUAAAUUAUUUUUGAGUCAUCAUCACACACCAGUUCUCAGUGGUUAUUGUGGCGCUGUGCUGUAAGUUGAGGCGUGCAAGCGCUGUACUGUGGAGGAUUUUAUUUGGUGAUUUACUGAAAUCACCUGAUAUUCAAAUCAGACACAAUCAUACAUGACAUUUAUUUUACAAAGACAAAAAAAUUACAUGAAAGGAAUCCAUGUGUCCCUUUUUACCUUGAUUAUUUAUUUAUUUUAUUUUUUUUGGAGUGAAGAUGCAAGACUCUUUAGAAAAGUCCAAGUCAAGUCCACAAGUCUCAAGUCUGUGAGCUGCAGGAUUGGGUCAAGUGUCAAGUCCUGGAGCAGCAAAUCGUGUCUUAAAUCUGAGCUGCAAGUUUCAGCCAAGUUUCAAGUCUCUGAGUUACAAGUCCGAGCCAAGUCUCAAGUCUCUGAGCUGCAAAUCUAAGUCAAAUCUUGCGUCUGUGAGUUGCAAGUCAGAGUCAAGCCUCAAGUAUCUGUGCAGCAAGUCUAAGCCAAGUCUUAGAUCUUUAAACUGCAAGUCUACAUCACAUCUCAAGUCUCUGAACUGCAAAUCUGAAUCAAAGUUCAUGCCUUUGAGCUACAAGUCUGAGUCAAAUCUCAAGGUUUUAAGCAGCAAAUCUGAGUCAAGUCUCAAGUCUUUGAGCUGAAGUCCCAGAGUUGCCAAAGUCCAAAUCUAGUUUCAAGUCUCUGAGCUGCAAGUCCGAAUCUCAUCUCUGAACUGCAGAUCUGAGCAGAAUUUCAAGCUUCUAAGCUGCAAGUCUGAGCCAAGUCUCAAGUCUUUGAGCUGAAGUCUGAAUCAUAUUCCCAGAGUUGCCAAAGUCCACCUCUAGUCUCAAGACGGUCUCUGUGGAACUCAAGUCCCCAUUUUUGAUUUGGAUAGUCCAGUUUACAGCUAUUGAUUUUUAGUGAACACUCUGUAGUCUAUCAGUCUGUCCCUAUUGCUGUCACAAGUUUGAAUCCAGCCCAUGUGUACUCUGUUCAUUAAAUAUAUGACGUGUUGUUGAAAGCGUAUAGGCUUAUAGUACAUAAUUGUCUUGAGACGGCUUGUUUGUACAGUAUAGUGUCUAAAGUGGACUAUCCAAAUAAAGUGGUACCAGGGCUUAAACCGUUUCUGUAAAGGAAUUCAUCAUACUGAAGAUGUUUUUACCUUUAACCAAGAGUGUACACUGGGGUUUUGGGGUCAAGGGGAAGUGUAGCCCUCAGAUGUCAUAAUCACCAGUAUGAAUAUUAUUUUAAAUAUUGUGGAACUGUAAACAUUUCUUUUGAGGCAUAAUUUAUAAAUAAAGUGUGGAAAAUCCU